GUAGGUCUAAAGUGGGACGAAGACAGUUCCGCGCGUACAGUCGAGCUGUUUACAAGGGAGACCUGCUUGCUACCUGUUAGAAUGAAGAGUGUUGUUGGCACACUACUUGCUGUGGCUUUCGUCAUCACCAGCACAAAGUCAUCCCCGGUGCAAAACUGUUCCGGCGGGCUUCAGGAACAUCCCGACAACUACAAAAUCAGCGACUGCGAGAGGGCCCCGUGUAGACUGCGUAAGAAUUCAAACAUUGAAUUGGAGUUCAAAUUCACGUCAGAUGUGGAUGCGCCAUCUCUGAAGAACAACGUGUACGCCAAGAUUGUGGGCAUUCCAUUCCCAUUCAUCGGCGUCGAUGGAACCGACGCCUGUCCUCAGAUCUAUCUUCCAGACGGCAGCAAAGCCGGGUGUCCCCUGAAGGCCGGCCAGGAUUACGUGUACAAGAAUAGCUUCAAAGUUCUUGAAAUAUACCCGAAGUUAAAAGUCUUGGUCCACUGGGCACUGACUGCUCCUGGAAAUAAGGACUUACUAUGCUUCAACGUUCCUGCUAGGAUCACGUCAUAAUCAGGUUAACUUCGCCGCCUAUGACGUGUCAGUGUGAAACUCACGACAUCCCCAUAUUAUUAAAGUGAAGAAGCCUUGAAGACCCCUUUCCCGCCUGUUUACUUUUAUUAUAUAUUGCUGUUUUCGACUUAGACCUUUCAAGUUGUCGUCAUGUUUGGUUCGGCAUUCGCUAAAAUCAUUUCUUUUAAUGUAAGGCUCAGUCCGACAAUCUCAAAACGCAAAGAUGUUAUGCCAUGUAGUCUGGUGCUUACUGCCCCAGCAACACUAAAAUCAUGAGAGUAUACACCUCUGAAACGUCGGUUAGUUUCCACCAGACUACAGGCAACAUCCUGUAAGACAGUUAUCUUCAUACUCACCGCUGUGAGAACCUGAUAUUUCACUAUUUGAAAACAUGGCAGUGUCUUCAUAUUGCAUAAGUGGACGUCAUGGAGUCAUCAGUCAGUGGCCGAGAUUUGAAAAAUCACACUGCAGUGUUGUGUCUGAAGGAGACUGACUUUUGUUUUAAUUCAAAAACAAACGUGAAGCCCUGGAGUGUAUUCAUGUCAUCAUACAUGCAGUCUUGAAGGGAUUAUAUUGUUGUCGUAACUUCCGCAAAACACAGCAAACUAGUCUCUGAAGUGGCGUACAAUGUCGUUUGAAAUAAAAAAUUAAGUUCACUUAUUAGAGUUGUACAAUUCAUUGUUGCUAUAAAAACAAGUUUGCUUUGAGAAAAGAUUCGAAUUACUUCCAGUCGAGAUAGGAUUUUCCCAAUAAUGUGAGUUCCAUUUCGGCUUACAAACUGUUUCUAUCUUCGCAAAGGCAUUAUAAUUAAUUUCAGUUAAGGAUUUAUCCUUAUGGGCUAUUGUAAACAUUAUUCUUAAUAAUAUUAGUGAAUGGAAGUAUACAUGAAUUUUUUUUUAAAUACGUGCUUAUUCAUUAGCUGCAAAUAACAACUGUAAAUUGCCGAAAGGUUACACAAACUUUGUUAUGAAACGAAUUACUAAAUUGACAUUACAAAAUUCAAGUCGAUGCAGCCAAUAGUCUCGAUUUGACAAAUGUAAAAACUGUAUGUAAGACUUGAGGUUCUCACAGCGGUGAGUAUGAAGAUUUCUGUCUUCUGGGUUGUUGCGCUGUGUAAUCUGGUCGAUGUUUACCAACGUUUCAGAGGUCAUACUGCCUCCGUCAUCAGGGCGAUUAAAAAUAUGAAGAUUUCUGUCUUCUGGGUUGUUGCGCUGUGCAGUCUGGUCGAUGUUAACCAACGUUUCAGAGGUCAUACUACAGUAUGACCUCUGAAACCCAGAAGACGGAUAUCUAAAAACUGUAUCAUUGGCUACAUAAAAUUGUGUACAAACUACAAUAAAAUUUACAUGCAGUAACUGAAAUAAAUGUAUAUUUUCCAUUGUAACUAA